CGAGAUUUAUUUCCCGCCAAAAGGACUCGACGAACUAUCGCAACUCACAACGUGAAAUGGCAUUUGUGUUUCCGAUGACAAAUGUAGUUUUCAUAGAUUUGCAGUAAUAAUAAUGGACGAUUCACAGCCAUCUAUAUCUGGCAGAGCCAGGCGUCAGAAAAUUGAUAAAACUGGCAGACUCUCAGCUUUGGAGAGAUUGAAGGAGAGUCGAAGCGGUGGAAAACGCAAGUAUGAGGCUGAAGAGAUAGAAAAUAUAUAUGAUAUAGUGGACGAGAAAGAAUACAGCAGUACUGUUUUGAAACGUCAACGGGAUGAUUGGAUAGUCGAUGAUGGAGAAAGUGGAUACAUUGAAGAUGGAAGAGAGAUUUUUGACGAUGAUCUGGAUGAAGACAGCAUUCAAGAAGCGAAAAAACAGAGACAUAAUAUGGCUGGUCCUAGAAAGAAAAGAAAGGAAGAAAAUGGAGAAAAAGGAGACAUUCAAAGUAUGAUUAGGAAUAUGCCUUCUAAGAGAGACACCAAUAUAGUGACUAAAGAUGAUGAUAUUUUGGGAGAGUUACUUAACGAAAUCUCUGCAAGUAAGAAGACAACAAAUACUCUUAAACCAGCAAGCAGUAAUAAAAAUAAAUUUUGUCAUACAGUUCAUUCAGAUAUUAUACAAAAUUAUCAGUUUUUAUCCACAAACCAAGAAAUGGAUGAUAAGAGAACAUCUGAAAAUCCAGAAGAGAAAAACUUAAUAAAACCAAUGGAAUCUAAUAAUAUUACACAAAGUGCAAGUCAAAUAAUUGAAGAUAUAGAUGACAGUGUGAUAUUUGAUGCACCACAAAAAAAGUGUGUGAAUAAAUCAGCAGAGUCAAAUAACUGUUUGAAAGAAGAAAAAAAGUCAAAGUCAGAACAACAAGAUGUAAAAAAAUUAGCAGAAUCUAAUAAUACUGCACAAAGCACAAGUCAGAUAAUCGAAGAUGAGGAUACAGCCGUGAUGGAUUUUAAUGAAUGUGUCAACGAUCUGUCUACUAUAGAUUUUGAUGAUGGAAGUAUGGAUAUUGAUUUUUCAUUGCCGGCGAAUAAAAGUGUCUUACCUCAAAUGAUUGAAACAGACGUACAGACUACUACAUAUAAAACUUCCAUUAAAAGUAUGAAAAUUGGUAAUGCCGUUGAUCUGAUGGAAUUGGCACCGCAAUUGGUUAAAACAAAAGAUGAAGAAGAAGUAUUCAGGUUCUAUUAUUUGGAUGCAUACGAAAAUCCGUAUAAAAAUCCUGGAACUGUGUAUCUUUUUGGCAAAACCUAUAUACCGAAUCAUGAUGUAUAUUGUUCGUGUUGCAUCAUGGUGCACUGUAUACCAAGGAGAAUAUAUCUCUUACCUAGAAAAUAUAUAAAGACAUCAAAAAACAACGAAUCGCAAUUAACUACUAUGGAGGACGUGUAUAAGGAAUUUGAUGAAUAUGCCACUAAGAUGCAUAUAAUGGAAUUCAAUUUCAAAGAGACAAAGAAGCAUUAUUCUUUUGAAAAGGAAGGUACACCAAGAACUUCUGACUAUUUGGAAAUUAGAUAUAACGCGCGCUAUCCAGCGAUUGAUGCCGAUUAUUCGGGUCCGGCAAUAGAACGCGUCUUUGGCACAACAGUAAAUGCAUUAGAACUGUUACUUAUAGAACGAAAAAUUAAAGGACCUUGCUGGUUAGACAUUAAAAAUAUAUCGCCCACUGUGGGACGAUUCGCCUGGUGUUCACAAAUAGUGGUUACCUCAGACAUGAACAAUAUAUCACUAUGUCCCCAAGAGAAAUCCAAGCCGCCAAUGGUGAUAGCAACCUUGAAUGUGAGGAUGUCCUUGAAUGUAAAAUUGCAGAAUGAAGUGGUGAUGGUUGUUGUAUUGAUUCAUCACAAGUAUAGUGUCGACAAAGAACCACCAAAACCCCCUUAUGAUCGCCAAUUUUGCUUUGUCACACGUCCGCGAGAUACUCCAUGGCCGCGACAAAUUCGGGAAGCCUCUUUGAAGGUCGCGAAUACUGAAGUAAUAAAAUGCGAAACCGAAAGUGAAUUACUCGAGGAGUUGUUAACUUUAAUGCAAAAAGCAGAUCCGGAUUUAAUAAUAGGCUACGACUGCGCAUUUCAAUUUGACGUCUUGAUGCAGAGAAUGUUUACAUUAAAAGUAUCAAAUUGGAACAGAAUGGGAAGAUUGAAAUCAACAACUCCUCCUCUACUUAGAGGAAAGAUAAUCCUCAAUCAAGCAUUUGUCGGUCGUCCAAUUUGCGAUAUACAAAUUUCGGCGAAGGAAUUGAACUUGAAAGUCAGAAGUUAUGAUCUACAAUCGCUUUGCAGUGCAGUGUUAAAGACAAAAGAACAUGAAUGUAAAGAGAUCACGCCGGCGGAGACUCCAUUAUUCUAUAAUACAGCGGACAAAGUUCUGAAUUUAAUAUACGCGACGUUAAAAGAAGCGAAAUUCAUUAUAACUAUAGUAAUGGAUCUUAACGUUAUACCGCUCGCACUUCAAAUCACCUGUUUAGCUGGUAAUAUCUUAUCGAGAACAUUAUUAGGCGGUAGAGCAGAAAGAAACGAGUAUUUGUUGUUGCACGCUUUUCAUUUAAAGGAUUACAUAACUCCAGACAAAAAAAUUGGGAAGGGACGAGAUGACGAUGGUCCGCGUAGGAAGGCUGCGGCGUACGCUGGAGGCUUGGUGCUCGAUCCGAAGAAAGGUUUUUAUGACAAGCUAGUGUUGCUGAUGGAUUUCAAUUCUCUGUAUCCGAGUAUUAUACAAGAGUAUAAUUUGUGUUUUACUACAGUGCUCGGUGCAGCAUAUGCUGAUGUCGAGCAAUUGAGUAUUCCCGAAUCGAAUCUGGAAGCUGGUGUGAUUCCAACCGAGAUUCAUAAAUUAGUCAAGAGCAGGCAGCAGAUCAAGCAACUGAUGAAAACGCCGAAUCUUCCGCCGGAACAAAAAAUGGAUUAUCAUAUUAGACAGAUGGCACUGAAACUUACGGCCAAUUCCAUGUAUGGUUGCCUGGGAGCGACACAUUGUCGAUUUUAUGCAAAGGGCCUCGCUGCUCUAAUAACCGCCAAGGGCCGACAGAUUCUGGAGGAUACGAAACACUUGGUUGAGAAAUUACAGUACGAGGUGAUUUACGGCGACACUGAUUCCUUGAUGAUAAACACCAACAUUUUGGAAUAUGACGAAGUUUUUUCGAUUGGCAGAAAAAUUAUGCGGGAGAUCAACAAUCGAUAUAAAAAAGUCGAAUUAGACAUAGACGGAGUAUUCCGAUACCUGUUGCUUUUACAAAAGAAGAAAUAUGCUGCUGUGACUAUGACGAAAUUGCCAAAUGGUCAGAUGCAAUUAAUGCAAGAACACAAGGGUUUGGAUAUCGUGAGAAGAGAUUGGUGUCCAUUAGCCUGUGAUACCGGAAAAAAAGUUUUAGAUAUACUUCUCUGCGAUCAGGCGAACGAAACGCGUCUGGAACAGGUCGUUCAGAUUCUACAAAACGUUGCAAAAGGCGUGAGAGAGGGAACGACACCAUUGUCGGCAUUUGUCAUCACUAAACAACUGUCAAAAAAUCCAGAUGCGUAUCCGGAUAAAAAACAAUUAUCUCACGUAAUGGUGGCGUUAAGAUUAAAUAAAGCGGGCGGUCGAAUGUGGAAAGCCGGCGAUACGCUACCAUAUGUUAUAUGCGAGGAUGGAACCGACGCUAGUGCAACGGAACGAGCAUAUCACAUCGACGAAGUGAAGAAUAACGAGAAAUUAAAAGUGGAUGUCAAUUAUUAUUUGUUGAGUCAAAUAUUCCCCGUGAUAUUACGAAUCUGUGAACCAAUCGAGGGCAUCGAUGAUGUCUUCUUGGCCAAUAAUUUAGGUUUACAAUUCGUUUACAAGCCGAAAACGUUGGCUUGCGAGGCAACCCUGAACCUACCACUGGCUAUCAACGAUGAUAGAUUCAACAAUUGUCUUCCUUUGAUAUUUAAGUGUAAAAAUGAGCGAUGCAAUACGGACAUAGUGAUUACAGAUACCGUAACAGAGUUUCAUUCCGGUCGGCAAUUGUCGCUCAGUAUGUGCCCCAAUCAGGAUUGUAAAUUACCACCUUGGAAAUAUGCAAACGUGAUACAGAAUGUGAUUCAACUUGCUAUGAGGAAAGCUAUCGACAAGUACUAUAACGGUUGGUUAGAGUGCGAAAAUCCGCUUUGUUCUAAUCGAACAAGAAGGUUGCCGUUAGAUUUCGCGAGAAAGUUCCCGGAUUGUUCAGCGUGCAAAGACGUUACCAUGAGCAGAGUCUAUUCCGGAACAGAUCUCUACAAUCAAUUAUACUACUAUCACAAAAUGUUUGACAUUAGUCAACCAGCUUACAAACAUUUGUUAUCUCAGUGUUCGCGAGACAUGAUCGCCGUUUACAACACUCUAAGAGAGGCAAUCGACAGACAAUUGAAACGCAACAAGUUCUCGUGCGUAAAUAUCACGGGUAUAUUCAGCGGCGCCAAUUCCAGUGCAACAAUGUUUGGCGGUGUCGGGUCGCGAGAAGAUUUUGACGAAUUAGGUGAUCUGUCCGACGAUACGGAUAAAGAGAUUUAAA